AUGGCAUCGCUCGCGGCGACUCACCCGCUCGCGACGCGCGCGGGCGCGGCGGCGUCAUCCGCCCUCCGCGCCCCGCGCGCCCGCGCCUCGCGUCGAUGCGCCCUCACCACGCGCGCGGCGGCACAGACACCCUCGGAAAUCGCAUUGUCCCGACGCAGAACGAACAACGUCUUUGGUCCAUCCGACGGCGCCCGCCGCGGCGUCUCCGUCGUGACCGAGGCGAGCAAGGGCUACGGCUUCGGCUACGGCUACGGCUACGGGUUCAAGUACGGUCACGGCUACGGCGAGCCCGAGCUCGGCGGCAAGAGCGGCGCUAUCGUCGCGCCCUCGUCCACCGCCCCAUCCGCGCCCGCCUCGUCCUCGUCGGGAACGGGCGGUCUCAAGGAGUGGUGGGCCAAGGCUGGCAAGAUCGACAAGAGCACCAUCGCCGCGCUCGGGGGCGCCGCGCUCCUCUCCUACGGCCUCAUCUCCAACGUCUUCUACGUCUCCUCGCUCCUCGGAGCCAUGUACACCAGCUGCAAGGUGCACGCGCUGUCCCCGCUGGUGGACAAAGCCGCGAUGCAAACCUUCGUCACCACCUACUUUGGACUGUGGAUGAUCCAGAACUUUCUCAGGCCCGCGCGCAUGGGCCUGAGCGUCGCCAUAUCCCCGUUCACCGACAAGAUCGUCGAGUUUUUCCGCCGGUACGUCCCGGGGAAUAAGAAGCCGGCGGCGUUCGCGCUCACCGUCUUUUGCGUCAACGUGCUCGGCACAUUCGCGUACAUGUUCGGUGGUUUCUUCCUCAUCACGUGGCUCACGGGGGUGCCGCUGGAACUCGGGAGUUUGAAGAGCCUCCUCGCGGCGGGCAAGGCGGAGGUGGCGGCGAAGGCGAUCGCGUAG